AUGCAGACGCUCGAUCAGCGGCGGCAAUCGACACUCCCCCGGCCACCUGCGCGGAUUAUGGCGGGAAGCGAUAAAAGGCCAAGCAGCGGCGGAUUGCCGGAGCUGCCCUGCCUUUUCUACUGCUUCUUCUUCCUCCUCCUCGGCUGCCUUGUUUCCGAUCGAACCGUCACCAAGCUCGUCUUCAAACAGACACAACCAGCGACAGGGCACGGAGAUACCGUGACCGUGAGAGUAAUCGCCGGGUGA